AUGUCUUCAAUCCUCGAUCUCAACCAAACAAUUCCCACCCUCGGCAUAGCCCUCUCCCUCUGCGCAGCAGGAACAAUAACCGCCCUAAGCAUCUUCGAAACCUCGCAACUGCAAGCCUCCCUCCCCAAAAUCAUCCAAACAAUCAGUAUUUCCAUCUCCCUCUCCGCAGGAGGCGGCAUCGCAGCUCUAAGCAUCUUCGCCAUCCCACAAUUGCAAUCUCAACCUGCGGAUCGAUCACUGCCUUUGAUUAGAUGGCUGUUUAGUCGGGGGGGACAUAUUUUUCCACAGGCCGCGACAAUCGCUAUGGCGGGUUUCACAUAUCUCGCAUAUGAUACUCUGCCAGAACCCACCACUCGAUCAAUAUCCCAAUUAUUGAAAACAACAAAUGGGUUCAAAGUCAAUGCCUAUCUCACAGCAGCUGUACUUGCAAUGGGUAUAGCACCGUUCACAAUCUUGCUGAUGAUUCCAAACAACUUUGCCAUAAUCAAGAAGAAUGAGAUGUUGGGAGGUGCUCGAAGCGUCAAUGCCGCUAAGGUUUUGAAGGAAUCGGGUUAUAAACCUGGUCAGCGAAGUGCUGUUGACUCGAUUAAUAGUCUUGGGGAGGGAUCGGAGUUGUUUGAUCUUAGUGGACCGCAGACGAAGACGCCCAUUUCGUCUAGCGAAGCGGAUGAUCGGGAGGUUAGGAGGAUGCUUGGUGAGUUUGGGAGGUAUAAUUUGGGCAGAGCUUUGUUGGUGGGUGGUGCGGGUGUUGUUGGUCUAGUGGCGGCUUUGUCUUGA